CUUAACCAAGCUUUAAUACAGACGCUUGAAUUUUUGAAUUUUAGUGUGGUUUACGUAUUCUGCAUUUGGAUUUUUUGGGAAAAUGAAACUUGCAUUGGUAAAUGUUCUCUUUUGCUUGGCCAUCGUUUUCAUAUCCACUUCAGCCCAUAAAUACUCAACACCUGUUGGAAAAAUAGUCACUGUCCCUCCAAAAACAACGCCUCCUCCGUCAUCGACCAACGUCCACAAGAAAUAUGUCGACUUUGAUUUAAAAUCCCAAAGCAGCAGAUAUGGAAAAGGAGACCCUUACUACUACUACCAUCACUAUGGUCCAGAUCACUACAAAUCUUAUGAGCACUAUUAUGGCCAUUACGAUGACUAUUAUCCCUAUUACUAUGGUAAAAGCAACAAUUAUUACCAUAUGAUACCGUAUGUAUUGGGAGGAUUUGGAAUGUUGUUACUUCCACUUCUGACCUUGAUGCUUACUCUCGCUGUAAACAUUGCUCCAGCAAGUAACAUCCCAACAGCUGUUACUACUGCGACUGGAAAGUUACUGGGCUCCUUGAACUCAACCAAACUCAUAGGAGAACUUGUUGAUAAACUCGACUCUGCAAUCUCUAAAUAUGGAAGAAUGAAUGACCUUUAA